AUGGCAUCCGAGCGGCAUGAGCGAAAUACUUUUCUCAAUUUGAGGAGAACAAUCGCUAGUAUUAAUAAGGACGUGGCCUUCCUUAAGAAGUGCCUAAAAGAGAAGCUGACACCCGUCAGCCAUAAGAUUAAGAUGGGAUCUCAUGUACCAAAAAGUAUUAAUAAGAAAGCAGAGUCCGAGUUCAUGAAGACAUCGAUAAAGAGGCAUUACGCUAAAUUAGAACGAGUGACUUUAGAGUGCUAUAAUAUGCAUUUGAAGUUAGCUAAGGAUAACCCGGAAUCAUUCGACCUGUUUUUGAAGAAGGUAAAGAGGGCAGAAGAAUGUGAAUCAGACCGGAAGCGGAGACUGCACAGGAAAAAACUGAACAAAUUGCGAGUGAAAUCAGCAGAGGAAAUCCGUACUGACAAACCCACCGUACAGAUCAUAGAAGGAUUCGUCGUGAACCGUUCGACACAGCAGUUUACGGAGGAACAACUAGCUCACCUCAACAAGGGACUGGGGUAUGCGAUCACACAGAAAUCAGACGUGGAACAGAUCAUCGUGGACAUGGAGACAGCGAUUUCCCGAAACAUCGAGAAACAGGAUCAAAAUACAGCGAGGAGCAUCGUGGCAGACGCCAUCAAAGAAGGACGGCACGGGACAACGAACCAUGACGAAAGGAGGAUUCUAAAGGAGCUUAAGGAAAAACCAGUAUACUACGUAAAAGCCGAUAAGGGAAACGCAGUAGUGGUAAUGGAUAAAGAGGACUACGACGAACAGAUGACGACGAAAAUCAACGGAGGACCUUAUAGACAUUUGAGAGUGGAUCCGCUACCAGGAUUAAUACGACUCACGGACAAAACAAUAAAGGAGUGUAAGGCGAUCAUCGGAGAAGCCCGAGUAAAGACAGUAAACCCGGUUCUACCUAGGAUUAAAGGACUACCAAAAAUCAAUAAACCCGGCAAGGAGAUGCGAGAGAUAGUUUCAUCAGUAACUAAGUUGAAGACCAUGACAACGACGUUUGAUGUCCACGACGGCUAG